UGCUAUCUUUACCAACGCCCCUGGGAAGUGAUCAAAAUAUUACAACAUAAUUUGUGAAUUUUACACAAGUUUUCAGGCCAAAGCUGGUUCGUGAGGCUUUCUGGUGCAUAGCAAGACGUUUUUGUUUUGUGGGUAUACUUCUGCAUUAAAAACCCCACAAGUCUGAAUAUUGUUGUUGUGACAGCAGUAUGCAGACCAUAAAGUGUGUCGUAGUCGGUGAUGGAGCUGUAGGAAAAACCUGUUUAUUGAUUUCCUACACAACAAAUAAAUUUCCAAGUGAAUAUGUACCCACGGUGUUUGAUAAUUAUGCAGUCACUGUUAUGAUUGGUGGGGAGCCAUUCACAUUAGGGUUGUUUGAUACAGCAGGCCAAGAGGAUUAUGACCGACUGAGACCUCUGUCCUAUCCGCAAACAGAUGUAUUCCUUGUUUGUUUUUCUGUAGUGUCACCAUCUUCUUUUGAAAAUGUCAAAGAAAAGUGGGUUCCUGAAAUCACCCAUCAUUGUCCUAAGACUCCUUUUCUUCUUGUUGGUACACAAGUUGACUUGCGGGAUGAUGCAGGAACAAUAGAAAAACUGACCAAGAACAAGCAGAAACCCAUAGCAGUUGAGGGUGCUGAGAAGUUAACACGAGAGCUAAAAGCUGUUAAAUAUGUUGAGUGUUCAGCCCUGACUCAGAAAGGCCUGAAGAAUGUCUUUGAUGAAGCAAUUCUGGCUGCAUUAGAGCCUCCAGAGCCACCAAAGAAGAAACUUUGCACUUUACUUUAAAAGGUGGAUUGAAUAGAGACAGUCUCAGGAAAUGAUCUCAACCCUUAAACUUUUGUACACCCUCACAUCAGUAUGCAUUUUCUCUAUAUUAUUCUUUAUACAUUUCCAUAGUGCUGACAAGGAGAACUUGUCUAACAAUCAAGAGCUUCUUUAGGUGGUGAUCAUUUCCUUAAUUCUCAUGACCUAUUUGUGUGAUUCAGGGGUGAUAUUGCAAGGAGAAAUUAGAUGCAAGUCACCCACAGGGGUUAAAGGGUUAACUCUGUUGAGUGACCAAGACAGAAUGUCCUCCUAAAAUAUAAAGCAGAAAAGCAAUGCGAAUCGAGAAAAAUAUCAAUCAGGAGGAUUUUAGUUUAUCUAAUACCAAGUUCCCCAAACUAACAUCAUAUCAAUUGUAUGACAGACAGGAAAGAGAAUUUUUGUGAGAUCUUGGGAGUUUAAGGGUUGAGAGACAUUUUCCUGAAUUGUGUGUACCAUAAGUGACACAGAGAAAUUCUAUUUGAAAGUCAUCUUAGUGCAUUUUGAAUUUUAAAUUUACUGUGCUAGUUGUAUUGUCAAACUCAGAAAACCUUGAAAGCUUGACCACCAAGAUAUUUGUAGAGUAGUACAUUACCAAGGGGAAGAAAGGAAUCAGAGCUCAGGUAAGGAAAGUGUUGGCAGCAGAAGUUCCUUGUUUGUUUAGAACAAUUUUUUGAUUGAGUGUGGAAAGUCAGUGGGAUUGCUUUGGUAAACUCAACUUUGCUCUGUGAUUGGUUCAUUCUCUUAACCAAUCAGAUGCAAAACAAUUGCAACAUGGUCAUUCAUGUUCUCUCGCACUUAAAGCAGUUUGGUUGUUUCACUUUGAGUCCUUAUUGGCUAUAACUUUCAUUCUGAUAGGUCUCUGGUAUCACUAUUUUUUCAACACAUAAUUGAAAAUUGCCUUACCUUCUAUGUGAUUGCUUGUUGCUCUAUAAACAUUAAAUCUCCCAACAAAAUAUCCAAGGUGCUCAGGUUUUUCUAAGUUUGCCAGUUUCUUUCUUUCUUUUUUUUUAAAUUUGAUUCUUUCUUUUAGUAUUCCUAAUUUUCCUGUAACUACAAACUGAGUUAGUCUGGCAGUAUUUUUGAGGUGAACUUAAUAUGUCAAUUUUCUGAAAAUUGGUAGGUACAAAUUUGGGCUCUUUUGUGGUCUAAGAAGUGUGAAAAAGAAUCAGAAAGGGUCAACUUGAAAGUUGUUGACUGAUAAUAGAAAUGUUUAUGAUAA